AUGAAAAUCGAAAUAAAUAACAACUGUAAUAAAAAUGAAAUUGAUAUUUCUUCAACUAUUAAUUCAUUUAAAAGACCAGUUAUUUUUUAUGUACAAAAAGAGAUUAUAAAAAGAUUAUGUGAUUAUAUUAAUAAAGGAAAUUUUAGAAUUGGUAAAGAUACACUUGAAAAGAAUUUUAUUGGUAAAAAAGAAUUUAAUACCUUAUUAAUUAAUUAUGUUACAGUAUGUUGGGAUUGGUUUAAGACUGUAUCAAAUUUUAUUCAUGUUUAUGUUUCACCACCUUUUCAAAAUUUAAUUAUUAUAUCAUCAUCAUCAUCAUCAUCAUCAUCAUCAUCAUCAUCAUCAUCAUCAUCAUCAUCAUCAUCAUCAUCAUCAUCAUCAGUACCUUAUUCCUCCUACUCCUCAUCAAUAAUUGAUAAAACAAAUUCAAAUGAAUCUCAAUAUCAACCAAUUGUUAAUAAUCAAUCAAAAUAUUUUAUAUUUAAAAAUAAUAGUAAUAAUAUUAAAGUAAUAAUAUUGAAUAUUAUAAAAACAACACAUAAAAUUUCUUAUCCCAAUCACAAUGAUAGUAAUAGUAAUAAUAAUAAUAAUAAUAAUAAUAAUAAUAAUAAUAAUAAUAAUAAUAAUAAUAAUAAUAAUAAUAAUAAUAAAAAUAAUAGUAAUAAUAAUAAUAAUAAUAAUGAAUAUAAUAUGACAACAAUAAAUGAUAUUAGAAAUAUAAAUUUAUUAUUACAUAUAUUUAAAAGAGUGAAAACUUUAAAUAUUAUAAGUGAUGUUGAUAUUUACUUUGGAAAUUCAAUCGAUAGAACGACAUUAUUAGAUCUUAUCAAUUUUCAAUGUUUCACAAUAUUUAGAAUGGCAUUUAAAUUUACAAAAUUAACAUUACCAAAUCAAAAAUAUAAAACUUUUUAUGAUAAAGUUUUAUUAUCUUUGAAAAUAGAACCAUUUAAUAAUAAUAAUAAAAAUAAUCAAAAUAAUCAAAAUAAUCAAAAUAAUCAAAAUAAUCAUAAUAAUAAUAAUUUAAAUAAUGACGAUAGUAAAAAAAAACAUAAAUUAAAAAAGGUCAUAAAAUUAACAAAAGAAAAGGUACUUUAUAAUUAUAAACAAAACUUUCAACCUCCAUUUAAAGAUAUGGAUUUAUUUUAUCACAGAUUCGAAAAUGAUAAUUUAUUUGAAAGAUAUUUUAAAUUUUCACCUUGUAAAUCUAAUAACAAUAAUAAUAAUAAUAAUAAUAAUAAUAAUAAUAAUAAUAAUAAUAAUAAUAAUAAUAAUAAUAAUAAUAAUAAUAAUAAUAAUAAUAAUAAUAAUAAUAAUAAUAAUAAUAAUAAUAACAAAAGUUACAAUAAUAAUAAUAAUAAUAAUAAGAAUAGUUAUUUUAAAAGUAGACAAAUGAAAACUUUAAACUCAAAUUUAUUAUAUUUUAAAAUAGGUUUUUUUAUUUUUUUUAUAUUAUUUUAUAUAUUUUUUAAAAAAUAA